AAGCUCGGCACGACGAAGCAAAACCAACUUCCGCUUGGAGGUUUUAGUCUCGGGUCAGUGGCGUCGCCGCGCGCGAACUUCGCCCUGUUGCCUGGUCUGACGGACUCAGGACUCAGGAAUAACUGACUGGCUGGCUGGCUUGCUGGAGUGCAGUGGCAGACGACAGACGAUGGGACGAGGCGACGACGACAACAGCGAGGGGGCUCUGAAUGUGUGUGUCUCUCUGUGUGUGCGUCGUGUGUGUGUGUGUCUGUCUGCUGUGCUGCAAUGUAACGGCUCAGCGAUACCUUAUCAAAAGCUUUUGCUCGGUGGAAAAACUUUUCAAAAGUUGCUUGCUGACUUCGGGCGCGUUUGACGUUUGGAUAACCGUUUGGGAAGUCAAGCCCCUAGCCUAGCAUCGUGCUCUGCUGUGUCGUGCUGAUGAGAAAGUGGAAGAGAGAUAGAUGUGUAGAGAAAGAGAGAGAGGAGCGGGGAUAGAGAGAUGUGUAAAGAGAAGAGAGGGAAAAGAGAGAUGGGAGAUUCUGUGUUCGAUAGAGGAGAAAUAGAUCUAUAUUCGUCGAAUGGUAUUACAUCUAGAUUAAUGUUUGUGUAAAUUCGUUGCGGAUUAAAAUUGUUCUUUCUUACCUAGGCCUACAAGUGUGUUUGUUCUAUUGAUGGAUACGAUAAAUUCUUAAGAAAGUGUCGCUCACUGCAGCGAUGGAUGGUGCCGGUGUUGGUGUUGGUGGUGGUGGUGGUGGUACAGGGGAUGGUGGUGCUGAUAGUGGUAGUGGUCUUAGUGUUGGUAGUGUUACAGUUGUUGAUGGAGGUGGUGUUGAAAGUGGUAGUAAUGGUGUUGGAAGUGGAGGUGGAGGAGGAGGAGGUGAGAUUUCUGUGGAAGGGAAGGAAGUUAUUGAAGUCUGUGCUGAAGGCGUGACGUCACCGGUCGCGAAUUCUCAGAUCCAACAGCUUCUGGCUAAGGGCCGGAGACCUUUUGAUGUCACCCUCAAGGGCGGUAACCCCUGGGGGUUUGCCCUGGACGGAGGGGACGGCACGGACUCGCCACUACAUAUAUCUAAGAUCGUGUCAGACGGUAAAGCGAGCGAGUCGGCGCUGAUGGAGGGAGACUACGUGUUGGCAGUCAACAGUCUGGCCUGUUCUGACGUGGGUCAGGCGCUGGACAUAGUGGACACUGCCCUGACCAUACUGACCAUCACAGUGCUGCG